CCAAACUCCUGCCCUGCGGCUGUGGGGCAUAGCUGGGCCGGAGGCUGCGUUCUCCCCUUGCCGUCUCCCAGCCCCGCAGAGCAGCAGGUGGAAGGGCUGCGGGGCCGUGGGUACCCGCGCCUUUGGGCAGGGACCGGGGCUCGCUCCGGGACGCGACCGAACCUCUGGCUUUGCAGCCCCUCCGGGGCUCAGCCGCGCCCAGAGGCUGCUAUCCGCGCUCGGGCCAGGGGUGCGGAGCCCCGCGCUGCGGGACGGGCCCGGCGGAGCCGCUGUCAGCGCGCUUCCCGCUGUCCGACCGCCGCGGCGGCCGCGGGGCGAUGUGCGGUGCCCCCCCGCUAAGUGUCCGCUUUCUCCUCACUCCUGCGCUCUCCAUUAGCCGCUGCCGGCGGCACCGGGGAAGGUUUCGUGCUGUAAAUGGGUUCUCUGUCACGUUCAAUCACUGUCAGCGCCGGAGACGCUGCUCCUCUCCGUCCCACCGUGCCGCCCCUGCCCGGCCACCCGCCUGCCCCACGGCUGUGUGCAGCUCUCCUGCGUGGUGCCAUCCCCCGACGGUCCACGCACGGGGGACACGCGACAGGUUGGGUGCACACAGUCGCUCACUCGCAGCUCGGUCCCCCCAGGAACCUGCUGGACAUGGACACCUUCUCCAAGUCCGACCCAGGUGGGUGGCAGCAGUGGCACCUCUGGGUGCAGGCACGGCUCAGCGUGGCACGGCUCUGCCCCUCUCUCCACAGUGGUCAUCCUCUUCGUGCAGGGCACGGGGAGCAGCGAGUGGAAAGAAGUGAGUUCUGCACCUCUCCCAGUUCCCCGCCGUCCCCAAUGCCCCGGCUCCUGGCUAAUCCCCGGCUCGGUUAAAUGGGCCCAUAUGGCCACCCGCUUCCACCCUAAUGAUCCCUCCCUGCCGCUAAUCGGGGAUUAGUGCCUGGGCAGCUGCGCUGGGGAGGGAUGUGGGGAGAUGGGGUUGCCCUCACAGAACCAUCCCUGCAGUUCGGGCGCACCGAGGUGAUCGACAACACCCUGAACCCCGACUUCGUACGCAAGUUUGUCCUCGAUUACUACUUUGAGGAGAAGCAAAACCUUCGCUUUGACGUCUACAAUGUGGACUCCAAGACAUGCUCUUCCUGGGUGCAGGACUUCCUGGGGCAGGCAUUCGUGGCACUGGGAGAGGUGAUCGGGUCCCAACGGGGCCGUCUGGAAAGAGCCCUCACGGGGGUCCCAGGGAAGCGGUGUGGGACCAUCCUGCUGCUGGCCGAGGAGCUGAGCAACUGCAGGGACAUCGUCACCAUGCAGCUGUGUGCCAACAAGCUGGACAAGAAGGACUUCUUUGGGAAAUCCGACCCCUUCCUCGUCUUCUACCGCAGCAACGAGGACGGCACCUUCACCAUCUGCCACAAGACGGAGGUGGUGAAGAACACACUUAACCCAGUGUGGCAGCCCUUCACCAUCCCCGUGCGUGCCCUCUGCAACGGUGACUACGACCGCACAGUGAAGAUUGAUGUGUACGAUUGGGACCGGGAUGGGAGCCACGACUUCAUCGGGGAGUUUGCCACCAGCUACCGGGAGCUGUCUCGUGCACAGAGCCAGUUCACAGUGUAUGAGGUGCUGAACCCUAGGAAGAAGUGCAAGAAGAAGAAAUAUGUAAACUCCGGCACUGUGACUCUGCUCUCCUUCUCCGUCGAGUCUGAGUUCACCUUCGUUGACUACAUACGGGGCGGGACACAGCUGAAUUUCACCGUCGCCAUUGACUUCACGGCCUCCAACGGGCUGCCGUCGCAGCCCACGUCGCUGCACUACGCCAGCCCCUACCAGCUGAGCGCCUACGCCCUGGCACUCAAGGCCGUCGGGGAAAUCAUCCAGGACUACGACAGCGACAAACUCUUCCCUGCCUACGGCUUUGGUGCCAAGCUGCCACCCGAUGGCAAGAUCUCCCACCAGUUUCCCCUGAACAACAACGUGGACAACCCCAGCUGUGCCGGCAUCGAGGGCGUGCUCGAGUCCUACCUGCAGAGCCUGCGCACCGUGCAGCUCUACGGGCCCACCAACUUCGCCCCCGUCAUCAACCAGGUGGCCGGCACGGCUGCCCAGGUGACCGACGGCUCUCAGUACCACGUCCUGCUCAUCAUCACCGACGGCGUCAUCUCCGACAUGAUGCAGACCAAGGAGGCCAUCGUCACCGCCUCCGCGCUGCCCAUGUCCAUCAUCAUCGUGGGAGUGGGGCCGGCCGAGUUCGACGCCAUGGAGGAGCUGGACGGGGACGAGGUGCGCGUGUCGUCGCGGGGACGCUACGCCGAGAGGGACAUCGUGCAGUUCGUGCCGUUCCGGGACUACGUGGACGAGGCGGGCAGCCAGGUGCGGAGCAUGGCGCGCCUGGCCAAGGACGUGCUGGCCGAGAUCCCCGAGCAGCUGCUGUCCUACAUGCGGGGCCGCGGCAUCGAGCCCCGCCGCAACGCCGCGCAGUGACGGGAGCGGCGCGGCCGCGUCACCGCCGGGUCCGCUCGCGGAGCGCCGCGCGCGG